AUGUGUGACCAGCAGCAGAUUCAGUAUUGUCUGCCACUUCCCCGCAACUGCUGCGUGAAGAGUUCCUCCUUCUAUCCCUCCCAAGCCCCCUGUGCCAAGAGCCAGCUGUUGGUCCAAGUCCCUUGUGAGGUGCAAAUUGUGGAUUGCCCCACACCAUGCCCAGCUCAAGUUUCCCAGGUGAAGUGCCAGGCUGCAUGCCAGCCUGAGACCACCCAGGCUCCGUGCCAGGCUCCGUGCCAGUCUAAGACCAAACAGGUGAAGUGCCAGGCACCAUGCCAGCCUGAGACUGCCCUGGUGAAGUGCCAGGCACCAUGCCAGUCUAAGACCACCCAGGUGAAGGGCCAGGCUCCAUGCCAGUCUGAGGUUUCCUAUGUGCAGUGUGAAGACCCAUGCCCUAUUCAGACCUGCUGUGUAGAACGUCCUCCAGUUUGUUGUACCGAAACUUGUUAUCUGGAAUGCCCAGUCCAGUCCUAUAUACCCUGUCUAGUUCCUCAGCCUGUCCAGACUUACUCAGCGAGUCCCCCGGUGUACCAGACUGAGGAAAGAUUCUCCACCCAGGGCCAAUAUCAGGGCUCCUACAGCAGCUGCGCCCCCCAGCGUCAGUCCCGGCCUUCAUUUAGCACUUAUAAACCCCAAUACCCGACCCAGGGCUCUUAUGGGAGCUUCACCACGCAGCCUCGCUCUCAGAGCACCAGCAGAUGCCUCCCUCCUCGCCAGCGGCAGCCUUCUUACCGCAGCUGUUCCCCACCACGAUGUUCUGAGCCCUACUAUACCAGCUGCCUGCCAUCAAGACGCUCUUCAGGUUCCUAUAACUACGGCACCCCACCCCGCCGCUCUGAGCCCAUCUAUCACAGUGACUGUCCUCGGGGUCCCUCUUCAGGCAGCUCUCAGAGAUGUGGACCCAAGUGCCAAAUAGAGAUUUCCUCCCCCUGCUGCCCCAAGCAGGUUCCCCCCCAGAAGUGUUCUGUUCAGAUUCCUCCCAUCAGACGCUGCUCUGAGAAUUAUACGCCACAACCCUCCUGGGGUACAUCCUGCCCAGAGCUGAGGCCAUGUGUAGAGCCACGUCCACUCCCAAGCUUCCGUCCACCCCGGCGUCUGGACCAACGUCCAGAGCCAUCACUGCCACAAAGUACACUUCCUGCCCCACGUCCUUGUCCACGUCCAGAACCAUGCACAAGUCCAGAACCUCGCCCGUGUCCUCCACCAUGGCGAUUUUCGGAACCCUGUCUGUGUCUGGAACCACGUCCAGCCCCACGUCCUCGCCCAGUGCAGCGUGAGCUUCCAGAGCUACAUCCACGUCCGCAGCCCUAUGAGCGCCCAGAACCUUGUCUACUUCCAGAGCCGAUUCCCCUUCCAGUACGCUGCCCAAGCCCAGAGCCAUGUGUGAAGCCUCUGAGCCGACCCAUCCCAUACUCGGGCCUAAAUCCAAUUCCGUGCCCAGGCUUCUGUGAGUCCAGUCCACACCACCUGGACACUGAGGCCCCCAGGUGUGGCCCAGCUGGUUAUGACCAGUGGUGAGAGAGUGGUGCUAGCUGUGGACAUUGUGAUGUGUUUCCAGAGCUGUGGGGUCCGGGUGGUUGUGGAGACCAAGGAGGCACUUAUGCUGGAGUAAAAGGUGGGGCCCAUGCUGGAGCAAAGGGUAUCUAUUUUAAAGGAAAUGUGGCUGAGACAUCUCUGUCUCCCACCCUGAAAAUAUUGCUCCUCCUUUCCCAGCAGCUGCAAUUUCCAAUAUGUUCUUGUUUGCAUCUGUCCGAUGACAUUCAAAGGCUCCCUGCUGCACAGGUGAUGUCCAAAUUCCUUUGCAUGUCAUCUCAGGAUCCACACCCAGGUCUCAGACUCCUCUCCAGUCUCACCUCUGACUCCUCCUCUGUACACAGUUCUAGCCAGACCACUCUGGCCACAGGGCACAUCUUGGGUGUUCCUCAGGACAUACCUUAG